UUACCAAAUCCUUCACUGGAUGAGUGUGAAGGUUUUCACUUUACACACAAGAGGUUUGAUAUUUUCAACAAAGCGAGAAGUUGAAGCAGAGAAGAAGAAACAGUUCCGGCUCAGGAUGGCGAGCUGGUGGACGCCUGCUGAUCUCCUGGACCUGGAGGCGAACUCCAUCGUGUCUCGGGUGAUUCAGGCCGUCGGGCUGUUUGGAGACAUUCUGUCUUUAGAGGACACGAUGGAGCCCAUGUUGUCUUCGGUCCAACGAGGGGACGCAGUCAGGGAGAGGCCUGAUGAAGAUGAGGAUGACGGGGCUACAGCAUCAGAUGAGGAAGAGGUGAAAGAAGGUGUCCAAGGAGAUGAAGAGGAUGAUAAACAUGAGAGCAAGGAAGCAAAGAAGGAUGAGGAUUUUCAAAGAGGAGGAAAAGUGGUGGAACAAGGAGGAGACGAAGGACACACACAUGAGGAGGAGGAAACGCAAGCAGAGGUGACGACAAAAGAUGAGGAGGAGCUGGGGGACAAAGAAGAAAAGGAUGAGGGAUGUGUAGAAGAAGAAAGAGAGGAUCAAAAAGAGAAGGAAGAGGUGGAGUGUGAGAAAGAGAACAAACACGAGGGGAAAGGAAACUGUAAAGAUGAGGUGGAGGAAGAACUGAGGGAGAAAGAAAAGGAAGAUGAGGCUGAAGCGGAGGAAGAAAGAAAUGAAGAGAAGCCUGGAGGACAACAAGAAAAAGAAAGAAGGGAGGACGCUGAGGAAGAGGAGAGGAGGAUAGAGAGUGGGGAUGAAGAAGAAGAGCUGGAGAAAAAUGAAGAACAGAGGCAGACAGGGAAGGAGGAGGAGGAUGAGGUGAUGAAUGAAGAAAGUUGGGAUGAUGGAGGAGAGAAAGAGAUGGAUAGACAUGAGGUAGAGGAGGCUGAGGUAAUAGAAGAACAGAUGGAGGGAGAGGAAACAGAAGAAAAAGAGGUGGUGAGGGAAGUAGGUACGUAUGACAGAGUGGAGGAAGAAAAGGAGGAAGAGGAGGUGGAAGAAUACAAUGAGACAGUGGAUGAAGAUGAGGAAGAUUCAGAGGAGAAAGAAAAGCCACGAGAGAUACAUCACACUGAAAAAGAAGAAGAGAUGGAGGAAGAAGAUGAAGAGGAAAAAGAGAAAGUAAAUAAAGAACCAGAUGGUGGAGGAGAAGAAAAUGAUGCUGAGGAACAAGAAGAGGAGGAGAAGGGAAAACAAGACAAUGAUGGUGAAGAAGAGGAGGAAGAAGAGGCUGAAGAAGAAGAGGAGGAGAAAGAGGUGAAGACUACAUCAGACCAAGAUGAAAAUACAGAAGAAGAAAAUCAGCUGAACGAGGAAACAACUGAUGAAGAAAUAAAACACGGUGAAGAGUCAGAUUCAUCUUCAUCUUCAUCACUUGGCUCCACUGAAACACUGAGUCAUGAUGGAGUGAGACCAGAGAACGAGAGGAGAGAGGGAGAGACAGACUCUGGCAGACAGAACAGUGAGGACGUUUGUCUCACAUCACCGGACAUGGACAAAGACUCUGAGGAGGUUUCACUGAGCAGCUCCGACGCUUGGACUCAAUCUGCAGAGACGAGUCUUCAUCCUGAGGACGCUCGCCUGGACCUGAGACAGACAGCAGAGACGUCCCCAGCAGAGACGUCCCCUGAACCACUCACAGAUCUGGCGACCUCAGGUCUGAAGCUGGAGAACAACGUGACUGAGAUGGACGCUGCUCCUCAGGCGUCUGUGGAAACCGGACGUGAGAGCAACAAGCUCGGUCAGAACCAGAGCCCGGCGAUGGAAGUGAAGGAGGGCGAAGGAGCCCAAGAGGUCGGAGGUCAGAGCUCCCCGGAUAUGAACGUAGAGGCGGACGACAAGAAGAGCGGCAGCCGGCAGUCAGCGAAGUACAAGACCGUGUCGUACCGGAGGAUCCGCCGAGGAAACACCAAACAGAGGAUCGACGAGUUCGAGUCCCUGAUGAACUUCUGAUCGUCUCAAACGUCUAAAUCCAAGUUGCUUUUUAUAAUCCCGUACGUUUCAAUGAUGACUGAACGAAUAGAGAACGAGAACCCAGGAUAGACCUUUUAAAUAUGUUAUUAGUUCUCUAUCAUAAACACAAUGACACAUUAAUCAAGAAGAAACUGACACGCGUGUAGUUGAUUUAUGUAUUUUCUUUUUGUUGUAAACUUCCCACUUACUAUUGUGUUAUAUUUACAGUCAUAUUUAAUGAUAUUAAACAAGCUUACAAAGCA